AUGUCGAAGCUAACCACCACUCAGAGUCACCAGAUACUACAGCCCAACCCACCCACAGACACGGCCCCGCUCAAAUCCGCAUUUCACCAGCUGCCAAGCCAAACUUCAGGAGUCGGCGCUGGUGGGGUGUGCCUGUACCGUGCUUCUCCAUCAGACGGGGCUGACCAAAAUCAAGCGACUCCAAACCAACCGCAACCGGUGACUCCCAGCCGGCCCAACCCUCGAAGUCUAUUCGGCUCCGUAACAUCGAAGAAGUCGGACGAAGCUCGCCGCAACCACCAGGAGCUUUCGAAAUGUCUCGGUCUCAAGGUGCUGGCGCGGCGCGGCGACACCUUCCGCACCGCCCAAGUCCAGGAGGUCAAAGACGACGGCGCCGUUGGAGUAAUGAUGGCCGGCGACACCAAUUUAACGUUUUUCUCCGAGCCGAUGGGCGACUUAUGCAUGCUGCUGAAUGAUCAAUACGAUCCCCACGUGCAAUACAAAGCGAACAUGCGCGCUGCCGUAGCUGUAAGCAAGGACACGUACAAGGAAUGCACAGUGAUCAGCCGGGAUGGCGAUUACUGGCACGUCCAGCUCGAUCCCUGUCCUGUUGAGAAUCCUGAUCCAAUUGAUCGAACACUGCGGAUUAGGGCGGACCAGUUGAGGCCCUUCGAGCCGCCAUGGAAGUCGGCGCCCGACAACAAGCAAAUCAUGAAACGGGUGCGAAAGACGUCAAGGGGCAUGGAAGUCUGCCCGGAAGACAACUUGAUGCUCCCUGCCAACGGAAAGAUAAAAAGCAAUUUUCUCACACCAUUCUUUCAGGAAGAAUACAGUGGGUCCGAGAACGAAGACGAAGAAAUCGAAGAAGUGAUACCAAAGUACGAACCGGGCGAGUGCCCCCUCGCGAACGGCAACGGCACCUCCUUGAUAAACACCCCCACGCAGAGCAUUACCCCGCACGACAUCUCCUCCCUCGACAGGCCCGACUCAGUCAACUCGAUCACCAGCCAGCCGUCGAAUUACACCCACAAGUAUCGAAAAGGCGAAGUCGUAACUCAACCAACCGGCGUGCGAAAAAAGUUCAACGGCAAACAGUGGAGGAGACUUUGCUCUAAGGGCGAUUGCGUGAAGGAAAGCCAGCGGCGCGGGUUCUGUUCGCGUCACUUAUCGGCCAGAUCCAAACAGGAUGGAAAUCGAUCCCGUCCACCAAGUUCCAUCGCAGAUAACAGCAUCCCGACUAACGCCUCUCUGACGGAUUGCGAUGCGGCUUCUAUUCUUUUAUCGCUCAAAAAUAGCUCCAGGUCGACGACGCCACAAACGGGAAUCCAUUUUUCCAACUCUAUUUAUUCUCCAAGUCCUUCGCCAAAACGCUUCUCCCCAGCGAGCGCAAGGUCAACGAAAACACCAAUGUCCCAAUCUGGACGAAGCUCUGUAAUAACUCCCACUUGCGGUCGCAUCUUCCACAACGACUCCUUCCGCACGCCGCAAUCGUCAUGUCGAAAUCGCGACAUGGACGACUCUGGGAUCGAAUCACUCGUUCCAACACCUGGCCCAGGCGAUAAAUUCCGUGUUGAAAUCUCGCCCGCCGGUCGCAGCCAGUCGCCGCCGACGAUCACCGACCACAUCCAGUGCGAUAGCUCGACGACGCGCCCGGAGCCAAAGCUCUCGACCGUCCAGUCGCCGCUCCAACUACUGCCACGCUUGCCUUUACCCUCCGUCCAGCCCUACCACUACCACCAGCAAAACGGAACGAUUGAAAACAUUUCACCGCCCAUUCCGGUGUCCGAAGCAAAUAGCAGCUCAAACGCCACAAACGCUUACUCAACUUCUAGCGCCUCUGGCGGUAGUAGCAACAGUAGUAUGAUUGUCUGCCAUCCCUGGCACUCGCUCCUGCCUGAAUUCCCGAAGCCCAGAAGAGGCGAAACCUUUGAAGAGCCCUUGAACGGAGAAACAAAUGAAGACAACAACGAGUACGAUCCGAGUAACUCAAAGAAAGAAGGUCCGAAUAAAAACCCGCAAAACGGCUUUGGCGAAAACGGAAGCUCAAAUGGCCACAGCGGCUCGCCAAACAACAAUAAACAGCAGCAGCAACAACAAAAUGGACACAGAAGCAGCAGCUCAACAAGCAGUCAAAACGGCACCCACCAGUCAAAUGGUGGUUUCGAAACAACUCAGGAACAAGCUGGCAGAAGCAUUAGUGAUGACAGCAAGCCACAAGGAAACAAACAACUUACUGCCAAAGAAGCUAAGAAAAAGAACCAUAUCAGGCGUCCGAUGAAUGCAUUCAUGCUCUUUUCAAAAUUCUACCGUGGGGAGGUGCACAAAAUGUAUCCAAAGCAGGAUAAUCGAUCCGUUUCAAAAAUAUUAGGCGAAUGGUGGAACACCCUGAAUAGUGAUGAAAAGCAAAGAUUCAUAAACAAAGCUAAGAUGAUGAAAGAGGAGCAUUACAAACAACAUCCUGACUGGAAGUGGAGCAACAAAGAAAGAAAAAAGGCGUCGCGAAGCUUGAAAACGCCAGAACAAAAAGGUGUUUCAAUCAAAAUCGAAAAGGCGCCAGUAAUCGAAAGCGAGCCCGAGACCUUUACGAUCACUCAACAUCACAUUCACGAGGAGCCGCAGAGGAUCAUCGACAAUAGCCCGAAGCUGGUGAAGCUUUCUAGCGCUCCCGCACUCGGCCAAGAAGUGGUCGGUCAAAUCGCGGUAACGAUUGCCGAUCCAGCUCGGGCAGGGGUGAUCAAGCGGCCCCGCGCAAUCAUUCCAAAACCAAAACGUACUGACGAAAAUCAGACUGCUCCGCAUCUUUCUUCUCUUGAGAGUCAUGAAGCCGAGCAUACCCAGCAUACGAUUCAUACGAUAAAACAAACUCUAAGAGAAGAAAACCAAGUUAUUAUUUUGCCAACAGCAACUCUGCAGCCCCGGGAGGGCGUCUCCGAGUGGAGUUGUUCAUCAAGUUCCCUGUCGAGUUCAAGCUCCAGCUCUGGCUUCGGAUCGGCUUUGUCCUCCGACUCAGGCGAGGCGCAAUCGCCAUCCAGCGAGCCAGUUCGAAAGAAAAUCAAACUUCCUUUAAAUUCAUACAAAGUUGUUCAACUCCCUGCCGAGAAAAAAUUCGUUUCCGAAGAGACCGAACGGCUGGCCCGUUCAGCUGAGCUUCCUGUCCAGCGUGUUGAGAAGCAACUGACAAAUCUUGAAAAUACCCUGGAGGUAGCUUCGGGUUAG